CCUAACUCGCCCCCUUCAUCCCGCCCACCCUCCUGCAUCUGCCGCCCCGGCGAAACCGCAAGUCGCCAUGGAAGAUUUCCAUGAAGAGACGCGCGAGGCACGGGACGAGACCUUCAAUCCGGAUCUGAUCCGCGCGAUAUUCAAGCUUGUGUGGAGCCGGCGGACCGGCAGGGGCGGCGUCGUCGACGAGGCCGUAGACGUCGAGCCUGCUGCGGAGACGUCAAGGAGGAACCGGAGUACCUCUGCCAAUGCAAGUGCACUUCAAGUGAGCUGCGAACUUCUUCGGAUGUUUGUCGCAGAGGCUGUCCAGCGGUGUGCUGUUAUCGCUGAAGCAGAGGGGACGACCACAAUUGAGCCCACCCACCUGGAGCGAGUUUUGCCGCAGCUUCUUCUGGACUUCUAGCUAGCCUUCUUGGUACGGUGGUACCUGUCCCGGACACAGAUGGAUAGCCAAGGCGCCUGAAGCAAUCCAUAGUUAAUCUUGUAAUGAGAAUGUUGUUUCUGUCACCCUGACAAACCAGUUCAGUUAAAUAUAACACUGCCGCCCUGAUUCACAAGUCAGUAAAUUGGGGUUUUGUUCCACAAGUCUGCAGCCAAUUCGUGCAAUUUCCCGUGGAAUUUUACUGUCCUUGGAAAAUCCUCCGCGCUGGGGGUAGCAGAGCACGCGCUACGUGUGAGUGUGACUGGCCUGUGAAAAAAAGGCGUGGUGGUCUCUGCAGUGGCGGAGCUUGAAAGAAAUCUCAGGAGGGGCGAAGAAAUCUCAAACGGGCUGCAUAGCACAAAGCUUCAAAUAUGCUCGCCCCACAUCAUCUCUUGGAUUAGCUGGAUGUUUUCAAAUUUGUGGACGUAGACACGUAGUGUUGGAUCCCGAUGCAAAAAUUCAAUCCCUCAAAAUAGGGCUUCAUUUGUUUGAUGGCCUUAUUGUUGCGGCAUCGAAGAAUGUGGUCCGUGUUGCUCAAAUUCCAGUAACAACAGAGGAGGCUGAACAUGUAUUGCUUCUGUUUGUGUUGGUUCGUCAACUUUACAUUCAACUGAAUCGCCUCACUUUUUCUUUUUGAAAAAUACAUAAAUUGUUUUCCC